UUAUAAAAGUCUAAAAUGACCGUGUGCAGCUUCUUUCUCCAGGGCCGCUGCAGAUACGGAGAUAAAUGCUGGAAUGAACAUCCGGAGGCGAAAGGAGGAGGAGGAGGAGGAGGAGGAGGAGAUUAUAGAGGAAACCAGCAGAGCAACAGAGGAGGCUUUGGAAAUCGAGUGUGGAUAAACCCCUCUCAACGGACCGGUGGUGGCGAUUACAUCCAGGCCUCAACGUUUUCUCGUGGUGGUGGUAAUGACUGGAACAGAGGUGGUGGGACGAGAGACACCAAAAGCUCUGAUUUCAGCUUCUCCACCCAGAACAGAUUCUCAGCACUCAACACUAACAGUAACUUUGAUAAAGGAGGACAAAACUCAGCGGAUGACAAUGCAAAACAUGUUGAAACAAUCCAGCAAGAUAUGGAGUCCUGGCAGAUUUCUGGCCAGUGGCCAUUUUCAUGUUAUUCUGUUCUCAAGACACAGAUCUCAGGGUUCGUUGAGUUGUCUCCUGAAGAGCUGAGACUGGAAUAUUACACUAGCAGUGCAUCUGGUGACCUGCAGGCUUAUGAGAACUCAGUGCAGCAGCUGGCCAACCAAUGGAGGAGCAGAGUUCAAGAACUCCAAACUAUGAGCAGCUCCACUCAGAUCAGUGUGAUUUCAGAGCUCAAUAACUCCAGUUCUCAAACAUCAUCACAUGGGUUUGGAUCAUCAGGCUUUGGGUUCAGCUCGACCGCAUCUGGCAUCGGAACUGGAGGGUUUGGCUCGGGCUCUCAGAGCAGCAGCACUUUUAGCUUUGCCACGCCCGGAAUUGGUUUCGGUGCAUCAAAUACCCAGCAAGCAUCUGGAUUCAGCUCUACGUCCACCACAGCUCAGCCCUCGACGGGUUUCGGCAGUUCCGCUCCUUCUGCGGCGUCCUUUUCCUUUGCAGCUCCAGACGUGGCAAAUAAACCCAGCACGGGAGCGUUCGGCUCAGCCACGGCGUUCAGCUUCAAAUCGCCCUCUUCCGGUAGCUCUGCGGGAGGGUUUGGCAGCGGGUUUGGGUCAGCGGCACCAGCAGGGGGUGUCAGUGUGAGUCAGAGCAGCGGCAGUUUGUUUGGUGGAGCGGCAGGCAUUGGGAAUACUGGGAAUGCUGCGGACAAUCUCUUCACAGCUCAGAGUGAUCUGACCCCUGACGAACUGAAGGAAUUCACAGCGAAACGCUUCACACUGGGACAAAUCCCCCUUAAACCGCCUCCCGCUGACCUGCUCAUGGUCUGACACGGACUCUGGUGGUUUGGGAGCGGGUCUUUCGAAUACAAUAUUA